GUGCCGCCGCCUUCCCGCCUGUUGCCCCGGGCCUGGCGGCGGCCGCGGCGGUCGGCGGCGCCGCGGCGGCCGCGCCCGUGGGCGGCGGUGCCGGCGCGCCCGUGGUGCCUGGCCUGGCGGCGCUGCCCGGCCUGCGGGGCUUCGGAGGCGGCGGGGCUGCUGGGGCGCCCCCGGCGGGCGGCGCCGUGCCUGACGGCGGAGGUGCUGCCCCCGGCGGCGUGGGCGCCGCGCUGGUGGGCGCGCUCGCGGGCGGCGGCGGCGGCCCUCCUGGAGGCCCUCCUCCUGGUGCGGUGCCGGGGGCCCCGGCGAUCCCUGGUGUGCCGAUCGCGGUGGCUGGCGGUCCCAUCGCCCCAGCGGGCGGCGCGCAGCUGGGACCACUCGUGGACGGUCCGUGGCGUCAGGCCGUGACUCUGAUUGGCGCCGACUGGCGCCGAGGGGUGAAUCUCGAGCUCCCGACCUUCGACGCAGCUGGAGGCAUCAGCGGGACGGCCCUCUUCGAGGUAGAGGAGAUCGGCACCACGGGCCCCUCAGGUCAGUACCUGAGCGCCCAGUUCAGGGGGGCGUCGCUGGCGGCCGAGGCGAUGCGGCUGGACGGCCUGUUCCCACCGCGCGGCACCGGGCCUGCGGGCCUCCUGCACUUGUGCGGGCAGGGACCGGCGCUGUGCGGGGAGCCCGCUGUGCCAGGCCGAGGAGUCCUGCAUGUCGAGUGGCUGCGGCUGCGCUCGAACCGCGGGUUCGUGGAGCCGUGGGUGCGGCCGAGCGCCUUCGGUGGGCGCGGCGGCGGCGGUGCCUUGGCGGGGGCGCCCCAGCCGGGGGCGCGGCCCCCGACCGCCUGGCGGCAGCUGCCGCGGCGCGCGCGCAGGCUGCUGCGGCGACGCCUGGCCGCGCCGGUGGCGGUCGCGGCCGCCGCCGCCCCCGGUGCCCUGUACGACGAGGCGAUGAAGAACAUCGGGCGCGUCAUGGGCCUGCGGGAGGGGGCGGACGGCCCAGAGGUUCGAGCGAAGGUCGUGGGCUACCUGCAGGCCGUGGUGUUCGGCCAUCACCCUCCAGGGCAGAUGCGGAUCAACACUCAGCGGGAGCUGCAGACGCUGGCGACCGCGCUGGACCUGCUGGAGAGUGGGUGCCUGGCGGAGUUGAGCGACGUGUUGAUGCAGCGCUUCAAGGCUCUGGAGCUGUCGCUGUCCGAGGCGAGCUGGCAGGUGGCGAGCGAGCUGGAGAUCGCGCUGGACGCGCGGCCCUCGCUGGCCUCGAUGGGCGACCAGGACCUGGCGCGGCGGGCGGCACUGCUGCGCAGGAAGCUGAUGGACGCGAAGAGCCGCGGCGGCCUCGGCGGCAAGGGCGACAGCCCGCACCCGAGGGCGGCGGACGGGCCGAGGCGUGUCUCGCUGGCGACGAGCCCGGAGCGCCACGUCUUCAGGCAGGACCAGCCCGCGGCUGCGGCGGCAGCGGGGCUGCAGCAAGGUUGCCCGCUCGCGCAGACCGCCCUGGACUUCACCGUCGCGCUCGCCGCCUCCGAGAUUGAACCUUUCGACGUGGGCCCCGUGCUGUUGAACAUAGUCCGCCAGUUCCCAGGCUCCUUCGGUCGCUUCACUAGAUUUCCCUUCGAGGUAGAGCCACGCGAGCAUCCGGCCGACAUGGGAGGUCGGCUUCAGCGAGAUCUGUUGCCGUUACCAUACCCUUCGAUCACCAGGUCCCAGAUCGCCCAGCAGGGCGAGGACCCUUUGAGCGACAAGGAGUGGGAAGGACUACACUGCAGGCUGGUGGUCACUGUCCUGGCGCUAAACUGGGAGUCUGGGUUCCGCUCCCUGAAGCUGGCCAGGCCCUGCCGAGGUCGAGCCAAUGCCGCGCAGCAGGCAGCCCUGGUCGCUCUCGGCCGCCGCCUCCUCUUGGCUACGCGGGCCGAGUCUGCUUACCGCCAGAUCUUUCUUGACUGGAACGUGCGGCUGAAGGGCCGCAAGAUCGGCUACGGCGGGGACGAGAUCUCGGCCCCGCAUCGGCUGACGCUGGAGCAGGUGCUGGACGGGCUGCCGCCGCCAGGCGUCGCUGCCUCCAUCGAGGCGGCCGACCUCGCGACGGGGUUCGUGCGCGAGGCCCUCCUGGACCCGACGCUGGUGCUGCUGCCCGCUGCCCUGCGGCGGCCCGCGCCGACAUCUGCGCGCGUGUGGGCCUCGCUCGAGGAGUGGCAUCGGAUCGUGCGGGCGCUCCACGAGCGCGGGAUGGCGUCGGCGAUCCCGAGCAGCGAGAUUGCCUGUCGCGACGGAGCCCCGCUCCUGAACGGGGCGCUCGGGGUGCCCAAGCCCCACGACGAGCCCGUGGUCUGCAGCGACGGCGAGCGCAGGCCGGUCCUGAGGCUGAUCACCAACCUCAUCCCCUCGAACGCGUGCCAGGAGUGCAUCGUGGGAGACGCCCCUGAGAUGCCGACCAUGAGCCAGCUGAACGGCCUGGUGCUGACCGAGUCGGAGGAUCUCCUGUGGAGCGGCGCGGACAGAAAGGCCUUCUUCUACGUCUUCCGCGCGCCGCCUGCGUGGUGGCCUUACAUGGUAAUAGGGCCGCCCGUCCCCUCGGAGUUGCUUGGCCUGAAGGACGGUGGGACCACGCGCAUCUGCCUGCGGGUGAUCGGCAUGGGCUGGAUCAGUGCCGCGGGCGUGACGACCCACCUCCACCGGAACAUGCUGCGGCGGAGCGCCUCUGUCCCUCGCGGCCUGCCGCCCAGCCAGGAGGUCACUCGGCGCCGACGGCUGCCGUUCAGCGUGGAGAAGCCGUACCCUCCGGCGUGGAUGGUCUACAUUGACAACCUGGAGGUCGCGGAGGUCGUGAGCAAGUCCGAGGCCACGACGCUGCGAGGGACGGUGCCCGAGCUCAUCUCCGAGGCUCGCGCCUGCUAUGCGGCUGCGGGCUCCCCGGGAUCGCCGUCCAAGGACAUCCAUCGAGUGCCGCGAGCGACGACCUUGGGGGAGCUCAUCGACGGGGUCGAGGGCGUUCGGCGGCCCCCUGCGGGUUACCUUACCGAGAUGGCCAGCCUUACGCUGUGGACGCUGAGCAAGAAGCGGGCCAGCAUGCGGCUGGUGCGCAUUCUGCUGGGCCGCUGGGUUCGUGUUCACUGCUUUCGGCGGCCGCUGGCGGCCAGCUUUGCCUACACCUGGAAGUGGCUCGGGAACCCGCGCACUGGCGGCCGCUUCAGCGUGAGCGUGGUCGAGGACCUCCUGAUGUGCCUUGCACUGCCAGGGCUUUGCGUCGCUGACCUGCGCCUCGAGGUCGACCCCCUGGUGACCGCGUCGGAUGCCUCGGAGGCCGCUGGCGCCGUGGUCUACGGCUACGCCCUCUCCGACCGCGGGCGCGCGCUGGCCGAGAGGCGGCAGCGGCCCGCGAACGCCGCCUGCGAGGAGGAGACCGCCCUCGUGACUGUCUUCGACGGCAUCGGCGGCGGGCGCCGGGCUUUCGAGAUCCUCGGACUGGUCCCUGCCGUGCACCUGUCAUUCGAGGUUGACCCCACGGCGGUGCGGGUGGCCCGGCGCAGCUACCCCAGCACGCAGCACCUGGGGGACGUGAUGGAGGCGGACCCGGUGGCCCUGGCAGCCCUGCUGCGCGCCCGAGGCCGGGUGUCGCGUGUGCUGGUGGUGGGCGGCUUCCCGUGCCAGGUCUUCGCGGGUCUCAACGUCGCUCGGCAGGGUCUCGACGACCCGCGCGCGGGCCUGGUUGACCACAUGGUGCGGAUCGUGGACGGGCUGCGGACGGCCAUGCCGGAGGCGUCGAUCGACUUCCUCGUGGAGAACGUCGCGUCGAUGCCCGAGUGCGACGUGCUGCGCCUGAACCAGCUCUUCGGCCGCAUCCCGCUGGAGAUUGAGGCGGGGGAUGUCGGCUGGGUCAGACGUCCGCGGCUCUACUGGGCUUCGUGGGACCUCCUGCCGUCCUUCGAGGCCGAGCCCGUCGUGGUGCAGGCCAAGACCCAGGACGUUCGGCGCGCCUGCAAGGUGGCGCUGAAGGCGGAGCGGGGGGCCGCUCCCGACCUUCGUGCGCUGGACGCCGCGCUCGCAGCCGCGCCCCCAGGCCUGCGGGCAUCGGGGGAGUGCAGCGCUGCUGAGCUGGCGCGCUGGGAGGCGGCGGGCUUCGCUUCGCCGCCCUACCAGUUCCGUGACAAGUGGUGCAUCCACCAGGCGAAUGGCCGCGUGGAGCCGCCUGACGCUACCAUACGAGAGAAGCUGAUGGGCUUCCCGGAGGGCCACACCGUGCCGUGCAUGACAAGCAGCCAGGCGAAGGCCGAGCCCGCCAAGUACGAGGCUCUUCGGCGGUCGCUCGUGGGCAACUCCUUCCAGUGCGAGGUCGUGGCCUGGAUCAUCAGCCACUGGGCCGUCGGAGCUGGGCUGCUGGUCUCGGUGCCCUCGCUGGGUGAGCUGCACGAGAGCGCGCGAGCCUGGGCUGGUGGCAGGAAGCUGUGGGCCGGCGACGUGACGUCGCUGCGGUGCGGUCGCUCCGAGAUCGACGAGGGCCUGCACGCCAAGCUGGACCAGGCUGGCGGGCCCAUCUACGUGGGUCGUGGGUCUCGCCGCUGGGGGCUGGCUGCCUCGCGGUGGGGCAACCCUUUCACGAUCAGCCCCGAGCGGUCACGCGAGGACGCUGUUGCCCUGCUCGCUGGUUGGAUCCGCACGCUGCCCACCCUCCUGCAGAGCUUGGAGACGCUGCGCGGGGCCCUACUGGAUUGUCACUGUGGGCCCGACCAGGCGUGCCAUGCCGACAUCCUCUUGGCGGAGUUGGCGAAGCGUGACGUGGUGGAGUGGCGCGAGCUGGACGCGUCCAGACGCAUCGUCAUGGGGCUCGUCAUGGCGUGCCACAACAACGGAGCAGACAUCAGGACCGAUGGCGCCUCGGAGGCGCUCGGCAAGAUCUUCCCGCGGCAGGAGAUCGACUCAGGCAUUCGGCGGUGGCGCAAGGCAAGGCAGCUAGUGUGGGAUGCAGCAGAGCACAUCAACGUUCUUGAGUGCCAGGGCGCGCUGAUGAUGAUUCGAUGGCGGGCGCGGUCGGUGCGCCGCCAUCAGUGCGUCUUCCUGCACCUGCUCGACAGCAUGGUCAACAUCGGUGCGCUGUCCAAGCACCGUUCCAGCAGUCCUCAGCUCAACAAGGUGGUGCGGACCUUCUCGGCGUGGGAGCUUGCGAUGGGCGCGCGGGCGGUCUUCGGCUUCACGUCGUCGGCGCGCAACCCCGCGGACGCCCCGUCGCGUCUCCGAGAAGGCAAUGACACCCUCAGCGGCGUGCAGCACCUGCUGAGGACACGACGCCGCUAUCCUGGCGCUUGGCAGCUGCUGACAGUCUGGGGCAGACUGGAGAUCCCUCAGCGCGCGCCGCCGAUGCCUGCCCAGGUCUGCACGGCGCUCGCCGGUUGGGCGCUCAGCCGCGGAGAGGUGGCCUUCGCGGCCGCGCUGCUCGUGGCCUUCCAUCUCUGUCUCCGCACUGGCGAGGCGUUGGGGCUGAGCGGCGGCGUCAUCUUUCUGAAGCCCUGUGGCCGAGGCGUGGUGUCGUUGCCCUGGACCAAGACCUCUUGCCAGAAGGGCGCGCGGGAGCAAGUCACGCUUGACGACCCGCUGGUUGGGGCAGUCGUCCAUAUGCAGCUCCAGCGUGACAGCCGGCUCUGGCCUGGCACGACGCGCGCCUUUCACGAUUUGUUCCGUGCUGGGCCCCAGCAGAUCGGUUGCAAGCACCUCGCCCUGUCUCCUUGCAGCCUGAGGCGCGGAAGUGCCGCGCAUGAGUUCCUGCUGUCGGGCGACUUGUCUAAGGUCAUGCUGCGUGGGCGCUGGGGCUCCGCAAGAACGGCAAAGAUAUACAUCCAAGACGGGGCUGCCAUCAUCGCAGAGAUGAAGCUCCAGGAUC